AUGGAAGAUUCUGUAAUAAAAUUUGAUGUUAAAGAGAUAAAGUCAGAUUUAAUAAAAGCUAUUUUUGAUUGUUCUCAACGUGGCCUUAUGCAUACAACAAAAUGGCUUGCUGAAUUGAAUCAUUCAUUAAAAUAUGUUAAACAAGAUUUAAGUAAUAUAUCUAGUGAUAUAAGUUUAUCAUAUAUAAAUGAAGAUGAUGAUAUGUAUAUUUUAUCAAAAAGUUAUUUUGAUUUAAAGGAAUAUGAUCGUGCAGCAUUUUUUCUUGAAAAGUGUAAAACAUCAAAAGCAAAAUUUUUAUAUUAUUAUUCGUUAUACCUAUCUGGAGAAAAAAAGAAAAUUGAUAAUAUGACAGAUGUACCACCAGAUCCAUUAAAAAAUAAUAGUUUAAAGCUUCUUUGUAAUAAAUUAAGAAAAGAGUAUGUUGAUGGAAAGCUUGAUGGUUUUGGUUUAUACUUAUAUGGUGUUAUUCUAAAAAAAUCACAGUUAUUAAAGGAAGCUACUGAUAUUCUAGUUCAAUCUACUCAUAAACAACCUAUGCAUUGGGGAACUUGGCUUGAACUAAAAAGUUUAAUUACAAAUAGAGAAAGACUUGAUUCUUUAAUAUUACCUAGUCAUUGGAUGAAACAUUUUUUUAUGGUACAAAUGUAUUUAGAAUUACAAUUUAUUGAUGAAGGAUUUGCAUUGUGUUGUGAUUUACAGUCUAUGGGUUUUCAAAAAAAUGGAUAUGUACUUGCACAAACUGCUAUUGCAAUACAUUAUAAAAGAGAUGUAGAUAAUGCAAUAGCAACAUUUAAACAAAUAAUAAAAAAUGACCCUUAUUGUCUUGAUAACAUGGAUACAUAUUCAAAUUUAUUAUAUGUGAAAGAACUAAAAAAUGAAUUAGCUUUUCUAGCUCAUAGAGUUACAGAAAUUGAUAAAUAUAGAUCAGAAACAUGUUGUAUUAUAGGUAAUUACUACAGUUUAAGAGCUGAUCAUCAAAAAGCUAUUAUGUACUUUCACAGAGCUUUAAAAUUAAAUCCUCAGUAUUUAUCAGCAUGGACAUUGUUAGGCCAUGAAUUCAUGGAAAUGAAAAACACAAAUGGAGCCAUUCAUAGUUAUCGACAAGCUAUUGAACUCAAUAAAAAUGACUAUAGAGCUUGGUAUGGCUUAGGUCAAACAUAUGAAAUUUUAAAAAUGCCUUUUUAUGCUUUAUAUUAUUAUAAACAAGCUCAAUUAUUACGACCUCGAGAUAGUAGGAUGGUUCUUGCCUUAGGUGAAGCCUAUGAAAAGCAAGACAGAAUUCCAGAAGCUUUAAAAUGUUAUUAUAAAGCCUGUAAUGUUGGUGAUAUUGAAGGAAUGGCUCUCAUACGUCUUGCCACUUUAUACGAAAAAUUAGGACAUCAUGAUAAUGCUGCAGCAGCUUAUACAGAUUUUGUAAUGGAUGAAUUUAGAAAUGCUGAUAGAACAGAACUAAGUCAUGCUUAUAAAUUUUUAACACAAUAUCAUUUAAAACGCGAUGAAUUAGAUCAAGCAAAUCAUUAUGCUCAAAAAUGUUUACAAUAUGAUGAGACUAAAGAAGAAGCCAAAGCUUUUUUGAGAACAAUAGCUCAAAAAAGAAUAAAAGUUGAAGAAAAUCCAAUGAUGGUUGAAGAUAUGAAUGAAACUGACCCAAUAUGUGAAACGGAAAAUUAUGGCAUAGUAAAUACUCCUGGAUCUCAAUUAUUACCUAUGAAUCUAUCAUUUACACCUACUCAGUAAUAAAAAAAAACAUAUUG